CAGCCGUCAGCGCGUUCGGUGGGUGGCACAGAGUGAACGAGAAAGAGAACGAAAGAGCAAACAAAAAAAAAAAAGAAACAUCGAGUUUUAAGUUUUUUUUUCUUCUAUGUUCGUUUGGUAGAAAAAAAUAAUUUUCUCAAUUGCCUUUGCGAAGUGAAAGAAAUAUUUUUUUAGGUGGUUCAUUUUCUUGUGUCGCGAAUAUCGAUAUCGAUAAUAAAUUUGAAGUGUGUGCUGCUUCUUCUGCUUCUGUGUGUAUGUGUGUCUGAUUUUGUAUAUCCUUCUCCAAGUGCAAUGAAAGAGUGCAAUAAAUUUACAACACACAACAAAAAAUAAAGAGAAAAAAAAAGUGAAUUGAUUUUUUUUUCUUUUUUUUUGGUUUCUUACAUUGCUGAUUAACGGUAUUAAGAGUACUUUGUGAUUAGCUUUUUUUUUGUACAAAUACUAGCUACUGUUUUUUUUUUUUCCUUCUUCUUUUAUAAUUCUUUGGUCAACUUUUUUGACAAGAGUGUUUAAGUGGAGUGACAUUGUGCUGCUGCAACGGCGAACGAAAAAAGUGAAGAGAGGAGAGAAACGUGUGGAACGUGUUUUUAUAUUAAAGCUGCACACGAGAAUUAACGAGAUAAAUUUCUUACAGAAUUGAAGCCGAAAAAAACCCAUAAAGUGUGUGUGCAGGAGCAAAAUAAGAAAGAAAGAAGAAUAUUUUAGUGUUGCAUAAAAUUUUAUGGAAGAAAUGGCGGCGGCGAUGACCUAAAAGGAAAAUUCUACUCUGCACUAUAAAUAAUAUCCCACCCAACAGGAACAGUCAAGAUCGCACAAAUGCAGGGAAUAAAGUAUUAAACAUGUAUUAAAAAAUGACUUGUCAGGCUUGACGCAUUUUGAUAUGUUUUUAUUUUUUUAUUUAUUUGAAUAAGUAUUAGACGUUUUUUUUACGUUAAAGAGAGAGAGAUAGGGGAGGGCAAAGAACACAACAACAAAAGAACAACAAUCUAAUAUAAUGACAGACUCGUUGAAAUUAGCAGAAAUGCAACGUACUAGCAUUGAAUUCGAACGACAACGACAUCUGGCGAAUUGGUUUAUAAAAAGUAGUCCACACAUGGCAACGCCUACGAGUCCAAUGAAUGGUAGUGGUGCUCCAUCAACAAAUGGUGCUGCCAAUUCUUCCUCAUCUACCACACAACAACAACAACAACAAAUAAUAACAACUUCAUCAGGGAACGGUACAAAGAAUGGAACAAUCACCACAACGAAUCCGUUGUUUUUUAUAAUGCCCAAUAGCAGCAAUGGCAAUCACCAUCAUUCAUCAUCACAUCAUCAAGCAUCAGCAACAGUGGCAGUAACAGCGGCAAAUGUAGUAGGGAAUAGCAGUGGCGGCGGUGCCACACCAUCAGGUAAACAAACUGGCGUUGGCGUUGGCGGCGGUGGCGUUAGUGCAUCAUCACAUCAUUCACAUCAUCAUCCAGGAAUGGGUGGUAAUUUAGUUGUGUCUAGUAGAUCACAAAUAUUUACCUCACAAACAAAUUUACCACUUCAAAUUUUAACCGCAUCCUCAGCCCAGGAGGGACGCAAACCAAAGCUGCGACGUUUCAAUUCGCACGACACAUCGGCGAAUAUGUUUUCGGUAGCAGAUUUUGAGAAUGCGAGACUGGCGCGACGGAAUGAAAUUGAAUUGAAACAGCGAAUGCAGCAACAACGGAUGAAGAUGAAUUCGCUUAGUUCGGGGGGUGAUUGCUCAACCGGUGAUAGUAAAGGAUCUAAGUACAGUAAUGAUUCCCAAACGGAUCCUUUACCAGCUGAAGUAUUUCUUGAUCGUUACUCGCUACCGCGAGUCGUUCGGAUCUCAUACAAAAUGAAAUUUAGUCAUGAGACUUUGCAAUCAUCAUCGUCGAAUGGUUCAUCAACAUCGACGCAGUCAUCGACUGCAUCAUCAUCAGCAUCGGUGGGACAAAGCAAUAACAACAAUAAUAAUAACCAUCAUCAUCAUAAUCAACAUCAUCAUAAUGCCAAUAAUGGUAAUGGCAAUAAUAAUAACAAGAGCAAUAGUGAUUUUUUAAAAGAGAAUGGCGAAUUGUUUUUGUUGUAUCGGCUAAUACAACAAAGACACAUCUAUCAUGGUCAUAAUGCCAAAACUGGAGUGGCGCACCGGAAAAAAGGAGUUAUGAUACCACAAGAGUUUCCAGGCUACUUCUCUCUAAUCAAUGAGAAAGGCGUCCCCACAGCAACUCUCUACACCACCCUCAUCCAAUUAGUACGCGAACGUGUUUAUAAAUUCGUCUCGGUUGACAAUCUCCCAGCAUUUACCGAAUCUCAAUCGGCCGAAGGCUAUGCAGCUCGACCACAAUACAUCAAGACCACCGCCCGUGGUGGUCAAGUAUUUCGUUUGUUAGCAGUAUUCGAAGAUGGCAAACAACAAGAUUCAUCAGCAUCAUCCAACAAAAUCUCCAGUAAUUCUGGUCGAGAAAAAGAAAAAGGUCGUUACGCCCAAUUGCUAAAUGAAAAUCGUCAAGUUCUCUAUGUUUCCCUCUCGACCAAAGGUAAAUUCUAUGAAAUCGAACCUGGCGUUCCACAGAUUCUACAAAAAAUCAACAGCAAUUCCGAAGCACAAUCAAAGAAAGUCAAUCCGGAUUGUGUUCAUAGAAUAACUGCUCUCAUUGCACCGAACAAAGAAUUACCCAUGACAAUUCGCUACAUAUCCGGUCCAACUGGAACAGCCAAUUCGAUUCCGGAAAAUCUAACAAUCAGUCGAAUAACCAUGGAGAAUGUUGUAAUUGCUUGUCCCAUUGAGAGUGUAGAAGCGCAGAAUCCCCUGCAUCUGCGAAAAUUGCACAUCACUCCCGAAAUGAUUUUGGUCAAAUACCUGCUCGGCUUCGAGAACGAACAACGUAUGUUGGCCAAUCAAAAUGUCCAGAACAUCCUCAAGUUCUGUCAAUUCAAUUGUGAUCAGUUUUUGAAAAUGGUUGAAGUUGAAGUUCUACAUCGACCCGAACGUUCGGGCAGUAAAAGUCGUGUGGAUGGUUUGAAAAUUCUCAAACCUCUGAAUUUUCCAAAGCUUCUGCGUCGUGAAAAAACCUCCAUUGCCCACGAAAAAGAGGAUUCUAUAAUAUUUCUUAGUAAAAAUGAUUUGGCCAAUAUGGAAGCCAAAGAUGAGCAGAAACAAUCUUCUUCCUCAGGCCACAAUCGGAUCUCAGAAAAAAUGAAAGUAUUCCAGUCGACCAAGAAGAAAUGGUUCCGUCGCAAUGAUAAACACACAUCUUUGACAAGCUUAGACCUUGAUGUCCAGGCUAAGCGAAUGAGUAUGGAACGCUACAAUGAUAUGUCGAAGAUGUUACAAGAACGAUUUGGUGCUAAUUUGGAAACAGAAUCCAUUUCAGAACGCUCAACAUCCGAAAUUGGAAUCACUGAUCAGACCGAUUCUAAAAAACCACCGCUUCAGAAGAGUCUCAGUUUGCAAGAGGUCGAUCUUGUGGGGAAACCUGACCUUUUGCCUAAGAAUUUCACCGAAAGCAAUGACACUAUGAACGAUCACGAACAAGAUUAUGACGGUGAUGGGGAUGUAGAAAAUAAGCCACCACAAUCAUUCAUCACUCAAAAACUCUACACAGAGUUUUAUGUCAAAACUCGUCAAUACAGUAAAUCAUCAUCGAGUCUCCAUCAGUUAUUGCACUUCUCUGUGCCACAGAAGAUGAAUGUCAUCGAGACAAAGAACAAGAACCAGUUAAAAGAACCAAAAACCCCAACAUCUAAGAAACUUGAAUUCAACAUUGGCGAAGAAGUCACUACAACUGGAUUCAAUGCGGCCAGUCCUAGUGCUAUCCUCGACGAUCUGCCUUAUAGCAGUGUUCGAGAUUCUCUCCUGCUAUCAAGUGAUGAGUCUUCAAAUGAGUUAUGCUCUCCCAAUCCCGCCAAUAUGGCUCUAAAUCUCAUCGAUCACACCAAGGAGAAUAUCUAUGCGGAAAUCUGUCAUGGCGAUACAGUGACAAUCACCAAUGCUAAUAGUGGUUUUCGCAUAGAGUCGUUUUCGACAAACAAUCAAACAACCUCUACCAGUAUUGGAGUAUCGGACUACGGUAGUGUAGCCGGUCCCUCCGCCGUGAGUCGGGUGCAGAUAAAUUGCUCCAAUAGUCCGGUGCUAGGAAGCAGACCUAAUAUCAAUAGAUCUUCCACGACGGCAACAACAACCGUCGAGGAAGACAACAUUUACAACACUCUGAAAUGAUGACUCAAAGGUUGGAGAAUUAAGCUGGCGUCUAUAGUUUUGGCCCAUUGGGCGCCUGUUUAACGCAUUAAUUCUUCAUUUUGUUUUACAAAAAAUUGAUCAAAUGAUUUUGGGCUGUUUUCCCAUGAAAUUUUAUUUUUUUUUUUUAUUUUUUAACUUUUGUACUUUCACGUUUUUUUUUUAUUUAAUUUUAUUUUAUUUGAAAAAAAAAAUAUUAUAUUAUUUUUAAAUUUUUGUUUAUCAUUAUUAUUUUUUUUAUUUUUAACAAACACUCUGUAUUAUAUGAUGAUAUUAGAUAAUUAUUGUUUAUUUUUUCUUAUCUUUUUUUAUAAUAUUUUAUAUUUAAUGUAAAUAAUAAUCUUAGUUUUAAGUUUAAAUUUAUAAAUAAUUUUUUGGAUAAAGAAAUUUUGUAUCCAUUUUUUUUUUGUUUCUUUUAGUUUCUUUGCUUAUUAAAUACAAGUUAUAAUUUUUCCAUUAAUCUUAAUGUUUAAUUAAAAACAAAAUAUUUAACACAAUUCAAUUUUUUUGUUUUAUUUUUUAUUUUUUUUUAAGUUUCGUUGUGAAUUUUUUUUUAUAUUUUUUUUUUUGUGAAUUUUUUUAAACAAAAAAUAACAACAACUAUGAAAAAUCGUUCGUCAAUUAACCUCAAGGUUUCGUAAAAGAUAAUGCGCCUCAUAUAAAAUUUUUCAAAGUGGGGUUCUUAACUUAACCGAAAGUUUUUGACGACAGUAUUGUGGUAACGGGAUAUCUCAUGUAUCUUCAUUUUAAAAUUAAUUCUUAAAAAAAAAAACUAAACUAAAAUUAAAGAAAAGAAAAGGUAAAAAUAACAAAACCAUAUUUUGGGAAAUUUUGUAAGGACAGUGAGGUGUUUUUGUUUUCAAUUGGUUUUAAUUUUUUAACAAAUUUUUGCUCAGCUUAAAACCCAAGCUAUUGGUACCUAGAGAAAUUUUAUAAGUGAUAAGUAGGCUACUAAAAAUACACUGAAGCUAAACUUGUGCUAUCUAUCUCCUGCCUCCUUCUUCACAUGAUUUCAACUAAGCAGCUGCUGCUUGAAUACUCCUAUUAUUCACUCUUCCAAAGUAAAAAGGUUACCUUCAAUGUUUCGAAGAACUUGCGUUACGGUAUUGGCAUCCAGAGCAAGAAUUCAAUGGAUGAUUUUUGGAUCGCUAGAUUUUACGAUUUCAUUGAAGUGGGAGUUCACUGUGGCGUAUGCGUAACUUUUUUGUCUUGAAACAAUCAAACAUUUUCCUGUUAUUAUAUCAACUCCUACAACUGUUUUUUGAGGCAAAACAGACCGAAAAGACACAUAAAAAAAAGCUUUCAUGAGCGGCUUAUUGAACUUGGGCCGGGUCUGAUAGAAUCGAUAGUACUCUCAUAAAGAAAGUUUUUUUUUAGUAAUGUAUGUACAUUAAUAAAAACUCUUUCAUAAUAAAAUACAACAAAAAUGAACUGAAAACACUCACUGUCCCAAAUGUUUUACCUUAAAAAAAAAACUACAUAAAUAUAGAAUUAAAAAAGAUCUUGUAGAAUUAAUAUUAAAUAAAUAUUUUAAAUGUGUUUUUAAAUUUAAAAAAAAAUUAUAUAGAAAGAGUAAUAAAAUAAAUCAUAAAACAAAAAACAACUAACAACUCUAACAAACCAAAAUGGCAGCUACUUUUUUAAAUUGUACUACAAAAUGUACAUGAAAAUGUAUUUUUAAAUUUUUGAAAAAAAUGAGUUUAUUAAAAAAAAGUUAAAUCAUUCAUACACAAAACAAAAACAUCAUACAAUUAUUAUAAUUAAAAUUCUUAAAAAAAUUAUAUUAUUAUCCCCCAACAAACAAAUAAACAACAACAACAAAAAAAACACCUUGGUUUCUCGAUAGUUAUAUAAAUUUAAAAAAAAACUACGAAGCAAAAUAUAGAAAAAAAAUAAAUUAAAAAUUUUUAAAAUCGAAUCAACUCGGGCUGAAACACAUAGCACAAAACAUGUUCUCAAUUUCGAGACAGAAAGACAAAUAUUUACUAUCAUAAUCUCAUAUUUUUAAAAAAUGAAAAAUAAAAACACAAAAAAACAUGUAGAUAACUAAAUAAUUAAAUGUUUUAGGGCUUAAAACAAAAAAGAAACACAAUUAUGCAAGAAAAACAAUAUUAAAACAAACAAAAAAAUCACAUUUUAAAAUUUAAAAUUAAACUACAAAAAUUCUCAAAGCAAUUAUAUUAAUGCAUAAGAAGCGCAUAACAAAAAAUCGCUUUAAAUGUUUAACAGAAGAAAAAAAAUUAAUACAAAAUAAAUUUAACACUUUGUUCUUAAAAAAAAAAUUAAAAUACUAUAGUAGUGAUUUUUUAGAAUACAAAAUAUAACUAAAAGAAAAAUAAAACAGGCACAUUUUCUUAUUUAAUUUUUUUAUUUCUUUUUUUUUUGUUCAGUUAUGUACAUUGUAAUAUCCUGAACAACAAACUCAACUUUUAAGUUAUUAAACAAAAUAUUAAUUUUAGUAUGUAGGUAGUGGAUAGUAAAACUUACCACCUCUUCUCAUAAAUGUGAUAAAAAAACAAAAAAGUUAAAAAAUAAAAAAAAAAUAAUUUUUGACUUAUUCACAUUUAGCAUAUAAACAAAUAAAAUAUAAAAAAUAAAAUAAAACACAAAUAAUAUAUAUAUAUAUGUGUUUUACAUUAAAGAAACAAAUGAUAAUAAAUAAAUAAAAAAAAUAACAUUACUUAAUUUGCGACAGCUUUGAAAGCACGUGAUCGCUUCUUGUCCAAAGUGAUAUGUAGUUAGAGUUGAAUAUAAAACAAAAUAUUUCAUGAUAAAGGUUAAAAAAUGAUAAAAUUUAAAUUUUAAACAAAAAAUUAUUAACCAAAUAUUCAAAAAUAAAUGAAUAACAAGAAAAAAACACAAAUUUUACAAAUACAUUAAAUAUUAAUUCUAAACAAACAAGCAGACAGACAAUUCUUUGCAUUGUGAUAUAAAAAGAUAUAAAAUAAAUUAAUAUGAAGAAAACAAAAAA